CUGUUUUCAGAGGAUCUCAUAAUGCCUACUGGAUCAUUUUGCCUCAGAGACCUUUCCGGCCCCAGAGGAGACAUAAAUAUGAAUAUUUAAGUGAGCGCUCCAUCAAGACGAUCGAAGGAAUGAGCGGCCGAGCCUGCUCCUGCUCCCGGCCCCGGCCCCGGCCCCGGCCCCGGCCCCGGCCGCUCCCCGGAGGAAAACGAAAGCGAAGUGCGGGCAGUGACUCUCGGGCAUCGUUUGCUCUGGCCUGGCGCCGGCGCCUGCGCGGAAGAGAGGGCGGAGGACAGUCCCCGGUCCCGGCCGCCAUGGAGGAGCAACCGGGGCCCGGGCCGGGCGGCCGCAUCUCGCUGCAUAACUUCAGCGCCAGGCUCUGGGAGCAGCUCAUCCACUUUCAUGUCAUGCAGCUGACCGACUCGCUCUUCUUGUGGGUGGGAGCGGCGCCCAGCCUGCGCAACCUCGCCGUGGCCAUGUGCAGCCGCUAUGACUCCAUUCCCGUGACUACAUCACUCCUUGGAGAUGCUUCUGACACAACCUCAAAUUCAAUAGCUCAGCGGUUAGCCAGGAAGACUAAAAAACAGGUGUUUGUCAGCUACAAUCUUCAAAAUACAGACUGCAACUUCGCAUUACUCAUAGAAAACAGGAUCAAGGAAGAAAUGGAGGCUUUCCCCGAAAAGUUCUAGUGGUAGCAUAUGGUGAACUGCAACUUGUGUAUAUUUGUGUUUUUAAAUAAAUCAUGUGGAUUUUGCAAUGAA